GUCGCUCCCGUGUCUGAUUGACCAAUCGGCGUCACGGCAGCUAGACUCGGGAGUAGUAAGAUGGCGGCUGUGGAGCAACAGAGUGUUCGGUCGAAGGGCAGGUGGAAGGCUCCGGGGUGGCUCCGCUGUGUGUGGUUGGUUGCGGUGCUGGUGAGCUCAGUGAGUACCGAUCAGACGGAGGAGUACCUGAAGAGGGAGCACUCACUGAGCAAACCUUACCAGGGCGUGGGCUCCUCUGCCUCAUCACUAUGGGAUCUAUCAGGCAAUGUGCUUGUUACUCCUCAGUAUGUACGCUUGACCCCGGACCAGCAGAGCAAACAAGGGGCCAUCUGGAACCGAUUGCCGUGUUAUUUGAGAGAUUGGGAGCUACAAGUCCACUUCAAAAUUCAUGGCCAGGGCAAGAAGAAUCUGAAUGGUGAUGGCUUCGCGAUCUGGUACACUAAGGAACGGAUGCAACAAGGUCCUGUGUUUGGGAGUAAAGAUAACUUCUUUGGCCUAGGUAUAUUUGUAGACACCUACCCAAACGAAGAGAAACAACAUGAAGUAAGUAAGAAAAGGUAUACUCCGGGGAAUCAGCGUGUGUUUCCCUAUGUUUCGGCAAUGGUGAGCAAUGGGUCACUGACAUACGAUCACAGCAGAGAUGGCCGUCCUACUGAACUCGGGGGUUGCACGGCCAUGGUGCGGAAUCUCAACCACGACACUUUCCUGGUCAUCCGCUACGUCAAGCGCAGACUCACGGUCAUGUUAGAUAUUGAUGGAAAACAAGAAUGGCGAGAUUGCUUGGACGUACCCGGCGUGCGUUUGCCCCGUGGAUAUUACUUUGGCUCUUCUGCAGUUACCGGGGAUCUUUCAGACAACCACGACGUCAUAUCUCUGAAAUUGUACCAGAUCACCGUGGAGCGUAGCCCUGCAGAGGAGAAGAUGGACAAAGAAGUUUUCAUCCCCAGCGUGGACAACAUGAAGCUGCCAGGAGUUGAUGAUUCCUCGGAGGGCAUGAGCGGUUUUGCCAUCUUCCUCAUCGUCUUUUUUUCUCUGCUCGGUCUGGUCUUCGCCGGUGUCAUCUUGCUCAUUGUGUACAGCAAGUGGCAGGAAAGAAGUCGGAAGCGUUUCUACUAAGCACAUGGCGCAGAACACUGCUAGGACC